AUGGCUUCAAUGACCACCCUGCCUCAGCCGUCGCGGCAAACCAACCCCCCGACCGGGGCAUUACCCCCUCUCCCUAAUUCAAAACCAAGAAAAAGCACACCUGCCCCAGCAGAAACACCCCGAGCCGCGUCGCCAUACCAACAGCUUUCAAAAUUGCGCACUCCAUCAAGUCCCAAGCCAUCGCUGGCACGAUCGCCCUUGGCCACUUCCAACUCCACAUCCAAUCUCACUACCAUUCGGUCCGCAUCUAAUGGACGCAUACCGGGAAGCCCAGAAAAAACCUUGCGCCGAACAAUCAGCAUCGCCUCGUUUCCACAGCCGCCUAAAGCGGGAAGUCGUCCUUCGACUGCAUCGUCUGUAUCCGGUAUCACGGCCACUCCAACAACAACAACAACAACAACAACAACAACAACAACAACAAGUACCAAACCCAAGCGUGGCUCACGCUUGAGUACCGGAACCACAAGCAGCUAUCGAAGUUCAAAAACCCCAUCGCUAUUGAACGGGAGUGCAGAUGGAAAGUCAAUACUGGCGGAUGCACGCGACCAAGAGGGCUCGCCUUCGCAUAGCAGAAGUUCGUCUGCUCAGGGUUCAUGUUCCACAAGUGCAACAACAUUCGAGGAUGCGGAUGAUCCGGGAGGUAAAUCAGCCAAACCAAAGGAAACCAAGGGCAAUGUUCUUGUCAGUGUGCGUGUUCGGCCGGAUCCAAACCAGGGGGAGACUGCAAGAAACCAUGGCGAAUGGGGAGUGGAUGGACGGCAGAGUUUGAUCUCACAUCGAGGAAAAGAUGGAGGUGAUUACUAUUAUGAUAAUGUAUUCACGGCUCAUGAAAAUAACGCCAAGGUGUAUGACUCGGCUGCCAAGCGACUGGUUCGACGAGUCAUGGAAGGUUAUCAUGGAACCGUGUUCGCUUAUGGUAUGACAGGAACUGGUAAAACCUUCUCCAUGCAAGGCACAGCCACAUCUCCCGGUGUAAUCCCGCUCGCCAUUACAGAUAUCUUCUCGUUCAUCCGAGAGACCCCCCAUCGAGAAUUUCUCCUUCGCGUUAGCUAUUUGGAGAUCUAUAACGAAAGGAUUCAUGACCUGCUUUCCGCCUCAACUGCGGCUGCCAAUGGUACGGCUGCGCCUCAGGAGGAGAUUAAAUUGCGCGAAGAUAGCAAACGAGGAGUCUAUGCGACCCCGCUCAAGGAGGAAAUUGUGCAAAGUCCGACGCAGCUGCUCCGUGUAAUCGCACGAGGUGAUCACGCCCGACGGACCAGCAGUACGCAGUUCAAUGCGCGUAGUUCGCGAAGUCAUGCGGUUGUGCAAAUUGUCGUCGAGAGUCGAGAGCGAGUGCCCGCAGGCGGAAAUUCCCAAGACAAGCGCUCUGGCAUUGCGCCUGGAGGAGUCCGUGUCUCGACUUUGAGUCUGAUCGAUCUGGCUGGUUCCGAGCGAGCGGCUGACGACAAGGAGCGUCGAACUGAGGGAGCUCAUAUCAACAAGUCUCUUCUCACAUUAGGAAACAUCAUUUCCAAGCUCUCUGAUUCCAAGGAUAAACAGGGAAAUCCAAUGGACAAAGAAGGUCGGCAUUUGCCGUACAGAGAUAGCAAAUUGACCCGAUUGUUGCAGGGCGCUUUGUCAGGAAAUUCCCUCGUCAGUAUCCUUUGUACGAUUCAACUGGUCUCGGGUGUGAAUGCACACUCCGGAGAAACGCUGAAUACGUUGAAGUUCGCUGCACGAGCGAAGAAUAACAUUGUUAGCCACGCAAAGAAGGCCGAAGAAGCCUAUGGUGCUGGUGGAGGUGACGCUGGUAGCCGGGUUCUAUUGGAGCGUUACCGCAUGGAGAUUCAAGCUCUCCGUGGCCAGCUUGAUAGUCAAGCGAAGGCUCAAGCAGAGAAAGAACUCAAGUGGGAUGAGCAACAGUUUGAAAAGGAGGCACAGGCUCGUCAUGAAGAGCAGGUCUUGGAAAUGCAGCUGGCCCGCACUGCACUCAAGGAACGAAUUGAACACCUCAAUCGCUUGAUCUUGAGCUCCAAAUCCACCGGUGUUAAUAAUCACAAUAGUUUUUCCUCUGCAUUUGGUCGUCUAUCGAGAAUGUCUGCCACAGAUGGAACUCGCUCGCUGCGGUCAUCCGCUAGUCAAUCAACUCUGGGUGCUGGUCACUCCAUGAGACCUAUAUCUUUCAUAUCGGUCAAUAGCAACGAUCCCUCCGUGCAUUUUUCGGGUGGGCCGUUCGGAAAUGAAGACGAAGACGAUAUGGGUGAAUUUGGUGAUGGCAGAGCAAGCCUCCAGCGACAGGUCACUGCGUUACAGGCCGACCUAGGUGACAAAAAUCGCUAUAUCUCAACCCUUGAGCGUCGACUACUCCAAGCGCGCCGGUCAAGCCAUUCUCGGAUGUCGGUGGGAGUCAAGUCAACCAGCUCGACCAUCUCAGAACACCCACAGCCGGACAUGAUGGCGAUGCUUCGCGAGAAGGAUAUGGAGAUUAAUGAGCUACGCAUUCAACUGGAUGAUAAAGAUAGAAUGCUUGCUGCCCUUCGUUCCGCUGCACGACACCGAGACCUAGCCGCCGUAACGAGUGAUUCACCAGAGUUGAAGAGCAAAGAAGACUCGACAGCAUCUGGUGCUACUAGUCCACUCGGAACAAACCAUACUCAUGUAUUUGAGAAACCCCUCAGUCCAAUGGCCCCUCCUUUACCAGGAAAGGGUAGUGAAAAGGACGAAGACCGAAGAAGAAAUAUGGAUGAAGUAUCCAGAAUGCUGGAUGAAAUGAUCCAAGGCCGAGUUGAAAAUGCCAGUGGUCAUCAUCACCACCAUCAUCAUCAUCAUCAGAAAAGUUCGCUGGGUAGUAUCAAACGGACUGAUAGUGAUGCUCGUCGUGUAUCCUUCUCGGCGGAGGUUCCUGCGUUGAAUCCCAAUGCGUCUGCUUCUACGGUGAACUCGAGUUCCCCUCCAAGUUAA